CAUACACCCAGAGAGAGAGAGAGAGAGAGAGAGAGAGAGAGAGAGAGAGAGAGAGAGAGAGAGAGAGCUCUGAAUUUCUUUGCCUCGAGUCUCCCGGGGCUGUGAGGAGCCAGCAGCUCCAGGCUCCCGGAGCCAUGCCCUGCACGGACUCCCCUUCUGACCAAGCUCCCGAGGAAUGAAAGGAACCCAGGAACCCCCAGAAGGCAGCAGUGAUGUGGACCAACCCCCUGGAGCCGGCACCCUUCCGAGGGCCCUAGGCGACUCGGGGACCUGGAGAGAGAUCCAGACAGGAAAGCCCAGCCGUCCCCAGCUCCCCCGUGGAUGCCGCGGACAAAAGAAGACCCGCUUUGGGGCAAGAGCUAUCCUAGGUCACACCGCCGCCGCAGAGUGAUUUUCCCCCUCUGGCAUUGAACCUCCCCCCUCCACCCCCAUCCAUCCAGAGUACCAUGAAGAACUAUGAGGAUGUGUGACAGAGGUAUCCAGAUGUUGAUCACCACCGUGGGAGCCUUUGCAGCGUUUAGUUUAAUGACUAUCGCAGUGGGCACGGACUACUGGUUAUAUUCCAGAGGUGUGUGCAGGACUAAAUCUACAAGUGAUAAUGAGACCAGCAGGAAGAAUGAAGAAGUAAUGACCCACUCCGGGCUGUGGAGGACCUGCUGCCUAGAAGGGGCUUUCCGAGGCGUGUGCAAGAAAAUCGACCACUUUCCGGAAGAUGCUGACUAUGAGCAGGACACAGCCGAGUAUCUCCUGAGGGCGGUCAGGGCCUCCAGCGUCUUCCCCAUCCUCAGCGUCACGCUGCUCUUCUUCGGCGGGCUCUGCGUGGCGGCCAGCGAGUUCCACCGCAGCCGGCACAACGUCAUCCUCAGCGCGGGCAUCUUCUUCGUCUCUGCGGGGCUCAGCAACAUCAUCGGCAUCAUCGUUUAUAUAUCCGCCAACGCCGGAGACCCCGGGCAACGGGACUCGAAAAAGGGCUACUCAUACGGCUGGUCCUUCUACUUUGGCGCCUUCUCGUUCAUCAUCGCGGAGAUCGUGGGAGUCGUGGCCGUGCACAUCUACAUCGAGAAACAUCAGCAGUUACGCGCCAAGUCGCACUCGGAGUUCCUGAAGAAGUCCACCUUCGCCCGCCUUCCACCCUACCGGUACCGGUUCCGGCGGCGGUCCAGCUCGCGCUCCACGGAGCCCAGGUCCCGAGACCUGUCUCCCAUCGGCAAAGGCUUCCACACCAUCCCUUCCACCGACAUCUCUAUGUUCACCCUCUCCCGGGACCCCUCAAAGAUCACCAUGGGGACCCUCCUGAACUCCGACCGGGAUCACGCUUUUCUACAGUUCCACAAUUCCACGCCCAAAGAGUAUAAAGAGUCGCUGCAUAAUAAUCCGGCCAACCGGCGCACCACGCCCGUCUGAACUGACCUCUGCCCUCUGCCCUCCGCCCCAGCCCAGCCUCAGGGGGGCGCCGUGGACGGAGGUGUCCUGGAGGUUGCAUGGCAUGGUCCUCGUGAUGGUAUUACUUUUUACAAAGAAUGAAACCAAAUGGACUCCACCCCCCGCACCCCUCCACCACACACACACACACACACACACACACACACACACACACACACACACACACACACACACACACACACACACACACACACACACCCCACAUGGAUCCCUUGCCCCCUUCGCAUCCCUCCGUUGCCCCCCUGCGAGUUUCGAACCUCUCCCCCCAAGAUCAUUUCUGUCUGCGUGUCUGUGCCACAUGUCUUCCCUUCUUCCUUCUGUCCUGGAAGGACCCCCCCCCCUCGUCAGCCCCCAUUUUUCCCUCCUCAGAAGAGGACUUUGCUAAAAAAAGUCACAAGCGGUGGCUGGGGGGGCGUGUCGCCUACACAAUUGUCCCUCUUGUCCACUCUCACAUUCUCCCCCAGGACACCAACCGCCUAGGUGACCCUGGGGGGAGGCAUUCACCUUUACCUGUUAGAAAAAAAAAAUGAAAUAAAAGCUGUCAGAGCCCCAAAGCAGCUACUGUAAUAAGCGCUCAUGUUAUUAAAGGUUUUGCCUUGUCGUA